AUGGCUAUCCUAGGCAAGCGCAAGGCUGAUCCUGAGCCUACAAUCUCCGAAGAAGAUGCCGCUGCCAUCUUCCGCCGACAUUUCGAAGCACAGUUCGCACCAUUGCCCGAUGCGAAGGAACCCAAAUCCAGGUCAAAGAAGACAAAACAUGACGAAGAGAGCGACGAAAACGACGAUGGUGAAGGAGGCGACAGCGGCAGCGAAGGCGGUAGCGACAAUGAGGACGACGGUGAAUGGGGUGGCCUCUCUGGCGAAGACUCCAGUGAAGAGGAAGAGGAAGAGCAGCCUCCAGUGAUACAGGUCGUUGACCAUUCCGGAAAACAACCGAUAAUACCAGCCACAAUGUCCAAACGAGAAUUAAAGGCUUUCAUGUCAUCACGCCCUCCAGACCAAGCAUUCACCAAAUCAGAACCCACACCUACAGCCACACCAUCCUCACCGAACGACCUCCCCGAAGACGCACCCUCUCUCCUCGCUCAGGAUCUUGAACUUCGUCGACUUAUCGCAGAAUCACACCUACUCGCUCCCACUAUUUCGGCUUCUGGCGUAACCGUUGCGCCAAAGGCGUUCGCUGCCGGUCGUACUCGUCAGAAGGCCACAGACAUGCGCGUUCAGGCCCUAGGAUCCAAAGUAUCGAUUCACAAACAGGAGAAGAUGCCCAUGAACAUGCGCAAAGGAAUCGUGGCUGCAGCAGAUGCGCGCGAAGCCAAACGUCGAAGAGAGGCCAAGGAGAACGGCAUUAUCCUCGAGAGGGAAACUGACUCAGAGGAGCUGAGUUACGUCUGA